AUGCUCCUGACUCCCGCAGUGCAACCUCUGGAAACCGUCCUUACUUGGACCUUGAAAGUACUUAUCAGAUGCUUUCGUCGGACAGUCCAAGCGUUGUCCUUGUUGGGACUGUUCUCAUGGGUCUCGAGAAUUACAACUCAUGGGUAAUAACGAUGACCAUGGCACUCAAAGGUCGAAACAAAUUUGCUUUUGUUGAUGGUAGCCUUCCUGCUCCUCCUUUGCACCUACUGUCCUCUAUGCCCCUGAUGCUGCCACCGUGUGGCGGGAUUUCAAGGACCGCUAUUUCACUGCUAAUGACCUCCGCAUAUAUGAACUUGAGCGUUCCAUUGCUACUCUUCGGCAACAUGAUGACUCUAUCCCCUCUUACCAUAAUAAACUUACUAGUUUUUGGGAUGAACUCAUGUUGCUUGAUCCCCCGUCUAAAUGUUCUUGUUCUGCCCGUGUUCAAUAUCAAGCUCAAACUGAGCGAUGACGUCUUAUGCAAUUUUUUAUGGGACUCCGGGAUACAUAUUCUCAGCCUCGGAGUCAACUCCUACUCAAUUCAGAAUUACCUUCUGUUCAGCGUGCAUAUUCACUUCUUCUCCAAGAUGAGGCACAACGUGCUCAUCAUCCUAUUAUGCCUUUGGAUAAUAUUGCUCUCCAAGCCGCUGCCCAGAGCACCACCGGACUGCUCGGCCCAGCUCCUACCUGGAGCCACUCCCGGACUUCUGCAACCAGCCCAUCCCGUCUGGAGUUUCCUCAUUGUCUAGCUCUUCCACAGUCAAUGCAACCCAUGUUUCUUGCGGUUCUAGUUCCCAUCGUUCCCAUUCAAAGAAGCAAUGGUGUGCACACUGUGGCAUCCUAGGCCAUUCGCAACAAGUCUGCUACCGUCUCCAUGGUUUAUCCGGCCGAAUUUCACCAUCAUAAUCGUGGCAACACACAUGGUGCUCCAACUGCCUCCAAGCAGCCCA